ACAGUAGUUACUACUUUGUGCUCCGUAGCUUAAUCGUUAAAUAACCCCUCCUACCUAUACUUGGUAGUGAGUGACGGUACCUACCAUCCUCCCAUCCUCCCCACACGCUUCGGGCUGCACUCGCUACGAGCAGUAUUUCACUUACAUACUCCUCCUCGUCCCCAUUCUUCCUCUCAUCUCACAAUUCCCUCUUCUCUCUCCCUCCUCUUUCCUCUCUGUAGACCUGCGGCUCGCUUCUACUCUCCCCUCCCCUCGCACACACUCACAUUGCUUCCCUCUUUCCGUUCCCCUUCCCCCCUCAACCCCUCUCCAAACCAUCAGAGGACAAUUCCCCGCCAUUUCACCCGCGGCUUGCUGAGGGGGACCUGUUUCCGACAUGUCUCUCAAGAAGGCGCUCGAUAAGCUGAAGCCCGGUGGCUCCCGCAGCAACCCCGCCUCUGACGACGAGGGCGGAAUCACCUCGCCCACUACCACCACCACUGCCACUACCAAUGCCAAUGCGAAUGCAUUGACCUCCCCUGCCUCCCCGCGUUCUUCCGGGAUUUUCGGUCAUCGCGCCAGCGGCGAGUUCAAGCGUAACAGUGGCACAUUUGACCGCCAAAAGGACGUUCCCGCCCCGAGCGACGGCAAGAGCAGUACCGAUCUCCAAUCAAAGACCGAAUCCCCGCGAAGCAGUGGCAUCUUCCACCGCCGGACCGAGAGUCCCAACCGCACUUCUCACCACCGUUCCGGUUCCACCUCUCUACGCACCCACAGUCCCAUCCGCGCGGUCAGGGAGCGAUUGCACAUUGGCGAGGGCUCUUCCAGCGAUGGCGACGUACCCCUCAACCGCGAGGGUGAGCCCAUGUCGCGAAACCAACUGAGAAAACACGAGCGCCAGGCGCAGGCGGAGGAGCGCAAGAAGGAAGUGCUCGAAAAGGAGAAGGAGAUUGAGAAGCGCAAACAAGAAAUGACCGAGCAGGCCGAGCAGGAGUUGACACCAGAGCAAAAGGCAAAGUAUGGCGCGGUCCCCGCCAACAGCUAUGCGGGCGAGAGGAAGAACAUUCAGCGUGCCAAUAUUCGGGACUUCACAGCCGCUGAUGUUGGCAAAGAGGUCGUCUUCCGCGCCCGCAUCCAUCACCUGCGAAAGAUGAGCGCCAAGUUCGUGUUUUUCGUCUUCCGUCAGCAAACCGCCACCGUCCAAGGUGUGCUCUCAGAACACGGAGAGAUCACCAAGUACAUGCUCUACUGGGCGGAGCAUCUCGAAGUCGAAAGCGUUGUCCUCGUCAAAGGUAUUCUGCAGGAACCUCGUGCGAAGCAGGGUACAGUCACUGGAGCCACCAUCCAUGAUGUCGAGAUCGCCAUCCAUGAUCUCCAUGUUGAAGCCCCCGUGACGGAGCACCUUCCGUUCAACGUUUACGAGGCCGAGGUCUCUCAGCUCGACAUUGAGGAAGAGUUGGCUAGAGGCGAUCACAAGGAGGGCCAGCACAGGGUCAGAAUCGCCGACCGCACCCGCCUCAGCAAUCGUGUUAUCGAUUUGCGAACCACGACCUCGCAAGGCAUCUUCCGCAUUCAGUCUGGAAUCUGCCAUUUCUUCCGCACCCACCUCAACACCGAGGGCUUCAUCGAAAUCCAUACACCAAAACUGCAAGGCGGCGCAACAGAAUCUGGCGCCAGUGUCUUCAAGGUGGAAUACUUUGGUCGCGGAGCCUUCCUGGCACAGAGCCCCCAGUUGGCCAAACAGAUGUGCAUUUCGGCCGACAUGGGCAAAGUGUAUGAGAUUGGUGCCGUCUUCCGAGCGGAGAACAGCAACACGUACCGCCAUUUGACGGAGUAUACCGGUCUUGAUCUGGAAAUGCAGAUCGACGAACAUUACCAUGAGGUUCUUCGCACCUUGGAUCGCACUUUCAAGGCCAUCUUCGAGGGUAUUUAUGCAAACUUCCGGCCCGAGAUUGAGCUCAUCAAGCGACAAUUCCCCCAUGAGGACCUCGUCUGGUUGGAGGAGACCCCAAUCAUCCCCUUUGCUGAGGGUAUCCGCAUGCUGAACGAGUCUGGCUGGCGAGACGAAGACGGAAAUCCACUUGACGAGAAUGAGGACAUGGGCACUCGCGACGAGGUUCAACUUGGUCGUGUGAUCAAGGAGAAGCUCGGAACAGACUACUACGUUCUUGACAAGUUCCCUGUCAACGCCCGCCCCUUCUACGCCAUGCCUGAUCCGAAUAACCCCAACCUCACCAACUCCUUCGACAUCUUCUUGCGAGGACAGGAAAUUUUGAGCGGUGGUCAGCGUAUUCAUGAUGCCGACAUGCUCUUGGACAAGAUGCAUAGGCUCAAAGUCGACCCAAUGUCCAUGGAGGAGUACAUCCAGGGCUUCCAGUGGGGUGCCCCUCCCCACGGCGGUGGAGGUAUCGGCCUUGAACGCAUUCUUAUGCUUCUGCUCAGCCUUGGAAAUAUCCGUCAUGCUUCACUGUUCCCACGCGAUCCCAAGAGUCUUCCAGCCAAACCAGUCAUCAAGCAGCUGAGACAUCCGGAGUCUAGCACUAUGCACCCUCCAUGGGAAGGCAAGGAUCGAGCCGCAGCCGGAAUCGACCUCCAGUCUAUCGAGAAGCUCAUUGCCAACUACGGUGACGCAACAAACACUUCAUGGCUCGAACCAAGAACCGAGAUUUGGCGGGAUGAGAAUACUGGCGCGGCUGUUGGAUUCGUUCCUCAAGAUGGUUUUGCCAUUACCGUGGGCGAUCCUCUAUGCCACCAAUCCCAAUACCUGAAGACCAUGACAGCAUAUCUGAAGUAUAUCAAGAAGGAGCGGAAUUUGAAGCCCUUGUGGCUUCUCGUAGGCUCCGAAGUUGAGGAGGUGCUCGCAACCAAGUUCAACUGGAGAACUUUCUCCGUUGUUGCCGAGCAACGAGUAGACCCUGCACACAACCCGGCACUGAAUGAUUCCGACGUUCAACGCAAGAUCCGUCACGCGGAGAAGGAGGGUGUAAAGAUCAUUGACUUCCCCUUGGGCUCGCCGCCCUCGGACGAGAUCCGCCAAAAGAUUGAUGCUCGUGUCGAGGACUGGUUGAAGAACCGAAAGGGUCGCCAGGUCCACUUGACCAACAUUCGCCCCUGGCAAGAUGUUGAACAUCGACAAUAUCACAUUGCACAAACUGCCGACGGGACUAUUGUUGCUUUCGUCGCCAUGGCACAAUUGAGUCCCGAUCACGGCUGGCAGGUCAAGUAUUCGCUUGAUUUCCCCAAUGCCCCAGGCGGUUCCAUCGAACACAUUGUCACCCAUGCCUUGAAGGUGGUUGCUCAAGAUGGUACUACCACGGUGACAUUCGGUGGCGGCGCAAGUGCCAAGUUCACGCCAGGCCAUAAUGUCAAGGGCACGAGGGUUAAGGUGCUCAGCAGAGCAUACCACGCCAUUGCCACUGAGCUGAAGUUGACAAACAAGACUGAGUUCCGAGAGAAGCUUGGAGCCACCGAUGACCCAAGCUACAUCUGUUAUCCGCCACAUGGGCUGGGCCCAAUGGCUAUCAAGGCCAUCUUGAACUUCUUCGAAGAUGGCGAUUAGAUGCAAAAAGUCAAGUCCACUUGGUCAUGUAUACGAGCGAUGAAGGCGGGAUGUGGUAGAGUUUCGGAUGAUACCACGGGGCGUUUGUUUGGAGCUUUUAUUGUUCUCUUCGUCUGUCUUCCUAUUGCGGAACUUUUGGUUUACCAAUCGUGCUGGGUUGAUACAUUUCAUGUCUUUUUUGUAUCGUUGUGGCUACUUAGACACGCUACAGAUUCCCCUAAUUUGCAUAAUGAUUCCUCCCCCAUUGACGCCCAC